AUGGCAUCCAUCUCGCCCACCUCCAACUCCAACCCGCGCAUCACUGCCCUCGACUUCGACUCCCACCGCAGACACCGACGGCAUUCCCACGGCUCUCGCCCUACCUUCGGCGACGAUGACUUUGACUUCAUGGGCGAAGUUGCGCAGGAGAUGAUUGAACGAGACCGGCGCAGAAUGCGCAGGGAAGUCGUCAGGGUUCUGAGCUUCAUCUGUGCCGUCCUGAGCUGUCUAUGUGCCGGCUCCAUCACCUCCUUCUCGCUCUAUGGCGCGCGCUUCUUGACCGAUCUUCACUACACCCAGUUUCGAGUCAAUGCAGUCUCUAUCGUCGCCGAACUGGCCAUGUACCUGCCCGUCCCUCUCUUCGGCUACCUGUGCGACCGGUAUUCGCCUCCGCCGUUGUCUCUCUUUUCCUCCCUUCUUUUCGGCGCAGGCUACUUGCUGGCCGCCUACACCUACAGGUCGGGCCCACCUGCGGAUGCCGCGAAAGACGGCCAUGGAUGGCCUUUCGGCGUCAUGAUCCUGGCUUUCGUCGGGAUCGGGGCGGGGACGAGCUGCAUGUACCUGUCUGCCGUGGCCACAUGUGCAAAGAACUUUGCUACAGUCAAAUACCGUGGGUUCAUGCUGGCGGUGCCCAUCGCCGCAUUUGGCCUCAGCGGCAUGUGGGAGAGUCAGGUUGGCGCCCACCUGCUGUACCAGAGACUACCCAACGGCCAAAAAGGAGAUGUGGACGUGUUCAAGUACUUUGUCUUUCUCGCCGGCACGUUGCUCGCGGUGGGCCUCCUCGGCGUGGUCGGACUACGAAUCGUAGACGAGGAAGAACUCAUUGAACAUGGCGUGGAAACCCUCGAGCGAAGCGGUCUGUUGGACGAGAGCGAGUUCUUCCAUGACUCUCCUGAUCCGACGCCCCGGACCUACGGGACCAUUGAUGACGGCGACCUCUCUGGCUCCGGCACCGCCACGCCCUCGGACACCGACUCAGAGGCGGACGUUGACUUGUCUGAAUCGCAGCUGCUCAAGAAACGAGACCAGGAGCAUCGGCUUCGGAAGAAGAAAUGGUGGCUCUUGAACCACGCAACGCACUCUUUUCUGACCGAUCACACAAUGUGGCUGUUGGCAGCAGGCUUCUUCCUGCUUACAGGGCCUGGCGAAGCCUACAUCAACAACCUAGGCACCAUCAUCCCGACAUUGACGCCGAGGAACUACUUUGAUUUGACGAGUCCGCCGGCCGGGCACGCCUCGACGCAUGUAAGCAUCAUCGCACUCGCAUCUACCAUCGCACGCCUCUUCACAGGCAGCCUUUCCGAUCUCUUCGCCCCACCUUCGCAGCCCGACAAUCCACCAACCACUCGAGUCAGCUUCUCACGCUUGGUCCUACUUUUGCCGUCGGCGUUCCUCUUAUUUCUCGCCUUCUUGAACCUUGCUUUCCCCUUCCUCACGGCGGAACACCCUCGCCUCUUUCUCCUUUCCUCCGCCCUGCUCGGCCUCGGCUAUGGUGCCUCCUUCUCCCUAGUCCCCAUCAUCAUCUCUGUUGUCUGGGGGGCGGAGAAUUUCGCCACCAACUGGGGCGUGGUGGCCAUGAUGCCCGCCGGUGGAGCCGCAGUCUGGAGCAUUGUCUACUCGGUGGGCUACUCUCGUGCGAGUCUGCGCCAUGACGACCACGGAGACAUUGGGUUCGGUGAUGGCGAGUGCAGAGGAUAUGCCUGCUUCGGUGCAUGGGCAUGGGGCUGCUCGGUGAGCGUCGUUAUUGCCAUCGUCUUAUGGAGUUUCGCUUGGAGACUCUGGAGGAAGAGGAGCGUUGUCGUGUAG